UCGGGGUUUCUCCGCUGGCUGCGGCCGAAUCAGUGUCAGUCAGGGAGGCGGACUGAUAAGCACUGGGCCUGACGCUCCGCCGCAGUCUCGCCCCGGGGCCGGUGCCUGUGCUCGCGCCGCCGGGUAGAAGGAUGAGGCCGCAGCUGGAGCAGCCACCCUAUGAUUGGCUGUGGCGCUUGUGAACCCGAAGUAAAGAUGGCGGGCGGGCAGGCAGCCGCCGCACUGCCCACUUGGAAGAUGGCGGCGCGCCGCAGCCCCAGCGCCCGCGACCGGGGGGUCCUGCAGGCGGCGGCGGCGCGGCUGCUGCUGCUGCUGCUGCUGAGCUGCUGCUGCGGCGCGGGCGGCUGCGCCGCGGCCGGCGAGAGCGAGGAGACCGUGAUCAUCGGGCUGCGGCUGGAGGACACGAACGACGUGUCGUUCAUGGAAGGGGGGGCGCUGCGGGUGAGCGAACGCACCCGGGUCAAGCUGCGGGUGUACGGGCAGAACAUCAACAACGAGACGUGGUCCCGCAUCGCCUUCACCGAGCACGAGCGGCAGCGCCACGGCCCCGCGCCGCCGGAGCCGGACAGCGGCCCCCAGCGCUGCGGCAUCCGCACCUCGGACAUCAUCAUCCUGCCGCACAUCAUCCUCAACCGCCGCACGUCUGGCAUCAUCGAGAUCGAGAUCAAGCCGCUGCGCAAGAUGGAGAAGAGCAAGUCCUACUACCUGUGCACGUCGCUCUCCACGCCCGCGCUGGGCGCCAGCGGCCCGGGCUCGGCGGGCGGCAAGGGCGGCGGCAAGGGCGGCGCGGGGGUGGCCGGGCUGCCGCCGCCGCCCUGGGCCGAGACCACCUGGAUCUACCACGACGGUGAGGACACCAAGAUGAUCGUGGGCGAGGAGAAGAAGUUCCUGCUGCCCUUCUGGCUGCAGGUGAUCUUCAUCUCGCUGCUGCUCUGCCUGUCGGGCAUGUUCAGCGGCCUCAACCUGGGGCUCAUGGCCCUGGACCCCAUGGAGCUGCGCAUCGUGCAGAACUGCGGCACCGAGAAGGAGAAGAACUACGCCAAGCGCAUCGAGCCCGUGCGCCGGCAGGGCAACUACCUGCUGUGCUCGCUGCUGCUGGGCAACGUGCUGGUCAACACCACGCUCACCAUCCUGCUGGACGACAUCGCCGGCUCGGGCCUCGUGGCCGUGGUGGUCUCCACCAUCGGCAUCGUCAUCUUCGGCGAGAUCGUGCCCCAGGCCAUCUGCUCCCGGCACGGCCUGGCCGUCGGCGCCAACACCAUCUUCCUCACCAAGUUCUUCAUGAUGAUGACCUUCCCGGCCUCGUACCCGGUCAGCAAGCUGCUGGACUGCGUCCUGGGCCAGGAGAUCGGCACCGUGUACAACCGGGAGAAGCUGCUGGAGAUGCUGCGGGUCACCGACCCCUACAACGACCUGGUCAAAGAGGAGCUGAACAUCAUCCAGGGCGCGCUGGAGCUGCGCACCAAGACGGUGGAGGACGUGAUGACCCCGCUGCGCGACUGCUUCAUGAUCACCGGAGAGGCCAUCCUGGACUUCAACACCAUGUCGGAGAUCAUGGAGAGCGGCUACACGCGCAUCCCCGUGUUCGAGGGCGAGCGCUCCAACAUCGUGGACCUGCUCUUCGUCAAGGACCUGGCCUUCGUGGAUCCGGACGACUGCACUCCGCUGAAAACCAUCACCAAGUUUUAUAACCACCCCUUGCACUUUGUUUUCAAUGACACCAAGUUGGACGCUAUGCUGGAGGAAUUUAAGAAAGGUAAAUCCCACCUGGCUAUUGUACAACGAGUAAACAACGAGGGAGAAGGGGACCCAUUUUAUGAAGUUCUGGGAAUUGUCACGUUAGAAGAUGUGAUUGAGGAAAUCAUCAAAUCUGAGAUCCUGGAUGAAACAGAUCUAUACACUGAUAACAGAACGAAAAAGAAAGUGGCCCACCGUGAAAGGAAGCAAGAUUUUUCUGCCUUUAAGCAGACAGACAGCGAGAUGAAGGUUAAAAUAUCACCACAGCUCCUCCUGGCCAUGCACCGUUUCCUAGCGACAGAAGUAGAAGCAUUUAGCCCAUCCCAGAUGUCAGAGAAGAUCCUCCUAAGGCUGCUAAAGCACCCCAAUGUCAUCCAGGAACUGAAGUACGAUGAGAAGAACAAGAAAGCCCCGGAAUACUACCUCUACCAGCGCAACAAGCCUGUCGACUACUUCGUGCUCAUUCUGCAGGGGAAGGUGGAAGUGGAAGCUGGGAAAGAAGGAAUGAAGUUUGAAGCAAGUGCGUUUUCAUACUACGGCGUGAUGGCCCUGACAGCCUCUCCAGUUCCUUUGUCCCUGUCUCGUACCUUUGUUGUCAGCAGAACAGAGUUGUUAGCAGCAGGUUCUCCAGGUGAAAACAAGUCGCCUCCCCGCCCGUGCGGCCUGAAUCACUCGGACUCGCUCAGCCGCAGUGACCGGAUGGAGGCGGUGACCCCGACGCUGGGGAGUGGCAACAACCAGCUGGGCUCCUCGUUCCUGCAAGUCUACGUCCCCGACUACUCCGUGCGAGCCCUCUCUGACCUGCAGUUUGUCAAGAUCUCCAGACAGCAAUACCAAAACGCCCUGAUGGCUUCCCGCAUGGACAGAACCCCUCAGUCCUCGGACAGUGAGAACACUAAGGUUGAAUUGACUCUUACCGAGCUGCAUGACGGGUUGCCCGACGAGACGGCCAACCUGCUCACCGAGCAGAACUGUGUGGCGCACAGCAAGGCCAACCACAGCCUGCACGGCGAGGGCGCCAUCUAGCGGCGGGGCCGGCCCGGCCUGCCCGUGACUUGGUCAGUGGGAGCCUGUGUGCCGCGCUGCAGACCAAAGACUUCGUCCCCUCGCCGGCGGCGGAGGAGGAGGCCGACGGCCAGGGGAGGGAUGGACGGCCGAGACGCGAGAGCCGCAGCUGGGGCGCGGCGGCCACGGGGCUGCGGAUGCACUGCUGCCCGGAUAGAACCACGUUUAUUUUUUCAGCUGUACCUUUUACCAUUAUUCACUGUCCUCCUCCCUCGAGUUGCAUGAAGUUGAAAAUGGUUGCGAUUUAUUUUUUCAAGAGAUCAUGUUUUUUUUUUUUUUUUUUUAAAGUGUCUUUUGCAGAGUUUUGAGUUGUUCUGUCGGAACUCUGCUGUGAGCCCUGAUGGGACCCUGAGAGCGCGGACUGGCCUGCCCGGCCCUCCUCUUCCUCUGUGCCCCAGCGGGUGUCGCUGUCGAACUUGAUGGCCCAAUGAAGCAAACCUGUCACUGCAGACGCUGCCCAGUCUCUGGUCACUGUGGGGUGUGGUCCGGCAGGGCCCUGCUGCGCUCGGAGCCGGCGUGGUUCUGAGCUGGACGCGGGGCGCCCCUUUCCCGCACGAGGGCGCAGUGUCUGCCUGCGGGGUGUGGCUCUGCCCGUCCCACCCUAAGGGACUUUUUCCUGUGAAAUGAAUGCUAACGAAUCCUAAGCCCCCGGUGACCGCUGGCAAGGGGCCGCUUGACUUCAUCCCCGCAUUCUGCCCUCCCGCGUGGCAACCCGGGAUGCUGCUACACAGAUGCCAAACGCCAACUUCCCCAGGGUUUCGCGGGGCAGGCGGGCCUGGAGUAGCUCCGCUCUGUGCCCAGGGGCGCUGCUGGCCCUGGGGCUUGCCAGCCCGUCUUCCCUGUCGGUCUUCUCCCCGGUGCCCCUGGGCCCAGGCCUGCGUGCCCGCCGCCUCGGUUAGGGCCAGAGAGGCUGCCAGUGUGGCCAGCAGGGCCUGUUCGGCCCCAGACAGGAGCUGAGAAACCAAAAGUGCGCUGUGGGCGCGCCCGGGCUCGUUGUGCGUGGGAACCGGAGCCUUAGCGGCGCUGGGUGUAUGCGUCCCCUCCCAGGCCCCAGCUGGCAGAGGGCGGCCUCCCGGGCCCCUUGGUCCCAGGUGCAGUAUCGCUCCGGGAGGCGCCAGGCCUCUCUCGGUGCCCUGUGGGACCCCUGCUGUGAGGCUCCCCAUCCAAGUGAAGCGGUCACUUCCUAACACGGUGAGGAGGGCGCCCCUACCAC